CGUUAUUUUAUUUCCUUGUUCAUUUGGUUGAUUUUCUCUUCGUUCAUAUUGUGUACUAUUGUACUAUAUUCUGCAUUUCCAAUGAAGUCCUCAUUUUUCCCGCUACAGCAAUUUGCUUCUGCAUUCUCCGGCACCCCGUUACGAACCGCACCACGGAGGCUGAAUGCGGAUUCGAUAUGCGCGCGCUGCUGGAGAAAGCAACAGGUCCGCUUUGCCCAUCAACCAGCCGACGACCCGAGCUGGAUGUCUGUCGUGGAUAAUCCCGCAAAGCUCGUAAAAACUGGGAAGAGGCAUGGCCCGGGAUUGAUAAUUCUAGCUAUCAUACCCAUUACAGCGUUUGCCCUCGGAACAUGGCAAGUCCAGCGCUUGGAUUGGAAAACCAAGCUCAUCGCUAAAUACGAAGACCGUCUCGUUAAAUCGCCCCUACCCCUUCCACCUGUCGUCGAUCCAAACGCUAUCUCCGACUUUGACUAUCGCCGUGUAUAUGCUACGGGCCGCCUCAGACAUGACCAAGAAAUGCUCAUCGGGCCACGUUUGUAUGAGGGCAAGGAUGGAUAUCUAGUCAUCACACCACUUGAGCGAGGUGAUGCCGGGAGCACGGUGCUCGUUAAUCGAGGCUGGGUCGCAAAGGAUCGCAAAGACCAAAGAGAUAGGAAGGAGGGUUUACCUGAGGGAGAAGUUACAGUGGAAGGAUUACUGCGCGCCCCGUGGAAGAAAAAUAUGUUCACACCGGAAAAUAAACCGGAAGAGGGAAAGUUCUAUUUUCCGGAUGUAGCGCAGAUGGCAGAGCUUACUGGUAGCCAACCAAUCUGGAUUGAAGAAACAAUGCAUCCUGAGCUCCUCGCGAUAUAUCAUAGAGAAGCAAAGGGCAUUCCUAUCGGGCGUGCACCUGAGGUAAAUCUCAGGAAUAAUCACGCUCAGUAUAUCGUAACAUGGUACGGUCUGUCAUUGGCCACCGCAAUAAUGUUCUGGAUGGUUGUUAGAAAGAAGCCUAACGAGAUCACACGACGUGUACGACAUAAUAAAGGCUGGUAGCCGCGAGAUAGACGAAUCCCUCCGCUCUUUACCUGGGCGAAUUAGUCUUCUGAGUUUGAACGUAACAGCAUAGUCGCUGUUCCGUGGAAUGGAAAAUUUCAGCGUUUUGGAAGCCGGAUGUCGUGCAGAAGCUCCUUCGGCAGAUGUUUUUGGGCAAGCGCAAACAUUGUAGUGUUUUUGCCAAUAUGCCGUUGUCUAUCUCCCGCAUUAGCAUAUAGUUUAGGAUUUAAUUCCCAGUUGAAGAGGGACCCAAGUCAGGAGAAGGGGGAAAUUUUACCUUCUCAUGAGUGUCGUGACAUCCGUCUCAUCGAUUGUCUUUCUGCCCGCAUGUUUCGCGUAUGUCGAGAGGUCAUCACUCGCCUGCUCAAAAUACCAUUCGGUAGCCUGCUCAAUAGCAGCCAGGGUAUCCUUGCUGAUUCUCGACUUUCCCCCACCUCCAGUCCGGGCAAACCGGGUGGCUAGCUUUUUCACGAUACCGGAGGGCAGCUGUGGUACGGGAAUGCCGUGUCGUGAUAGCUUUUGUCGUUUGUUACCUUUCACCAUCACUUGAGGUGCUGGCUCCGGACUGCUCGAAGGAAGCGCUGGUCUGGAAAAGUCGCCUUGGAAUGCAAGCUCAAUGCCUCCUUCCUCGACAAUGCUAUCAGACGAUGGAAAGCCUGUGUCCACAUCAGGAUUCAUAUCAAGUGCAAAAUCCUCAUAUUCUUGCUGGAGUUGAUUUCCAGAAAUUCUAGCAGUCGUUACGUCUGGUGUAGGGAAGGAAAAGUCCAGAUUGAAACGUCGCAAAUCUUCGGUCUCUC